AUGCAGUUCUCUAUUGCCACCUCAACAUUCUUUGCCCUCCUCCUUGCCUCAAUCUCAAGCUCGUCUCCCAUCCGGUCUCGAGACGUAGCUUCAUGUGAAGUAGCAGCGUCAGCAGAACACGUCAAGUGCAUAGAAGAGGCGGAAAGGAACCCGGCCGCUGUCCUCGCAUGUACCGCGACAGCUGUUGGCAGCUACGUUGGGUGCGCCGGCGUAGCGGCGCGAGACGUCUCACCUUGCAAAGCCUCGGGGGCAUCCGACGAGGCGGCUUGUGUAGGAGCUCUGCCGACGGGUGAUGAUGGGAAGAAAGAUAUCGCCGCCGUCAUGCAGUGGUGA